AUGCAGACGGCCCAGUCCCCGCAGGCGAUGUUCCGUCCCUGGUGGCCCGGGUCGCCGCCGCCGCCUUCCGGGAGCCAGCCGGAGAUCUUCUUCGGCCACGGCGGCGCCGCCAAGCUCUCAGAGCCCACAGGUUGCCGGCGAUCGCCGUGUUUCCGUUGACUGCCCUCUUCUUCUUCUUCUUUUCGCUCCGCUGACGGCGUCGUUUCUGGUUCAGUCGAGAACGCGGAGAAGGGACCGACAGCCCUUCCGAGCUAUCCUCUCGUCGAUCAUGGCUACCGCCACUUCGCUCCUUACGGGACUCAGAUUCAGGUUGAUUUUUUUCUUCCAUAUAUAUAUUUUUUGUUCUGUGUAGAAAAGAUAGAGAAAUUAUCUUCAAGCAUUCCUUGCCGGAAGUAGCGAGAUUUCUCAGCCGAUCUACAUGCAAGUUCUGCAUUCAUGCGAAGGAUGAGCGGAAGUAGCGAGAGAAAUUCUGUGCCGCUUUCUUCUGUGAUGAAGGAUGAGCGGAUGAUGCUGCUGCCGUUGACCACGCCCGAGGAGGGCCCGGUCUACGUGAACGCUAAGCAGUACCGCGGAAUUCUCCGCCGCCGGCAGGCCCGAGCGAAGGCGGAGCUCGAGAAUAAACUGGUAAAAGCUAGGAAGGUCCGUAGCAGCAGCAGCAGCAGCUCGUUGACUUAUUUUUCCUUAAUUUUCAGAUUUUCUUUCUUGGGGAGUUGUUCUUCUUGGAAGAGCUCUGCUGAUAUUUUGAUCCCGCUGUUGACUCCAGCCGUAUCUCCACGAAUCGCGGCACCUCCAUGCAAUGCGGCGGGCGAGGGGUUGCAGCGGGCGUUUCCUGAACACGAAGAAGGCCGACGGUGCGCAGGGAGAGGCCGCGAACGGGAAGCCGUCGGCGGCGAUAGCGUCGCCGCAUCCUCCGGGGAUGGCGGCGGGGUUCCGCCGCGACCUCAGAGUCUAG